ACAGAAAAGAGAAUGAAUAGUCUGUAGCGAUACUCCUCGUCUAUAAAUGAAUGGGACAUUAGACAUUUUUGAUAUUCCCGCCAUUUACGAAACACGUGUGCACUUUACCGCCUAAGAAAUACUCAAGGCGCAUAUGUAACCGGAAAUGACUUCAGGUAUUUCUGUGAUGGCGCUAGUGAAUGCCACAUUUUCUGCCUAACCUCUGAACGAAGACAUAUUCCGUCUUUACCGCGUGUACUGUGCGCAUAUACCUCUUUAACGAGCUACUUAAAUUUGUGCGCGCCAUUUGUUUUAAAAAGCGAAUAUGUCUAAGAAAUUCAAGAAGAGGUCUGCGAAUGAUCUAGUAGAAAAAUCUGAAAAGAAAGAUAUAAAAGAUACAUUGUCGCCGCCAAAAAAACAAAAACUAGAAACAGUUUCUAAUGUACAAAGCGGAAAUGCAGUUUCCAAGAAAGCAAAAAAAGCAGUUGCUUCCCAAAAUAAUAUAAAUGUAAAUAAAAAAAAGAAAGAAAAAAAUAAAAGUGGAAAUAAUACUUCUCCUUCUGAAGUUGAACAGAACAAAGAAAGCCAGAAUGGAGAAGGAGCAACUUCUCCAACAUCCAAAAAGAAUAGAAUUACAUUAUUAAAGGAGCAAAAUAAAUUAAGUAAAGAAAAACGCAAGAUAUUCCGUCGUGAAGAAGGACAAGUGAAAACAAUGACAUCUAAAUUGUCUAUUGAACAAAUAAAAGAAAAAAUCAAAGAGUUACAAAGUAGAGAAACAUUGUCUAAAUCUGCAAAAAAGAAAUUGGGUACUUUUAAAAAAAUAUUGAAAGUACAGGAAGAAUCAAAUGGUUUGCAAGAAUCAACUGAUAACAAUAAAGAUACAUCUGAUGCUACAAAAGUGAGCGACAAAAAAGAAAAGAAAGUAAAGCUUGCUACAAAUGAAAAUAACUUGGCAGACAAUAAUAGCAAGAAAAAAGUUCAAAAGGUACAAAAAGAUACAAAAUUGAAACAAAUGGAGAUGAUCAAUGAAAAAGAUAAAAAAUCAUUGUCUGUCAAAUCUACAAAUAAGCAGAAAUCUAAACAGCAAAAAAAUGCUAAAGUACAACCUGGUAGUUUGAUAAGACUUAAGCCACAAAAAGAUGAAGAUGAAGACGAAGAUGAAGACGAAGACGAAGAUAUGGAAGACGCAAGUUCAAAUGACAUCAGGAAAUAUUUCCUAACUAAAGUCAGUGCAAUAUCAGAUGUUAGAAUACCAAAAAAUAAGAGCACAAAUAAACCCCGAGGAUUUUGUUACAUUGAACUAGGAAAUCAAGAAGAUUACGAGAAAGCACUAUCAUUGAAUAAUUCGACCUUCCAAAAUCGCGUGAUAAAAGUACAAUACACCACAGAUUCUAGACGUGAUAAUGCAAAACAAAUUAUCGUAGCGAAAAACAAAAAAUUGGAUGCACUUCGAAAAGAAGGAAAGUUAGCAGGAAGUCAAAAAAAGACUAACAAAAAAUUACAGAAAGGGAAAAAAAAUGCUAACUCAUUGACGACCUAG